AUGGCAUCCUCCUCCUCCUCAUCCUCCUCUUUGGCUAGUGUUCUCUCCUUCCCCAAUUUCUCUACUCUUGUCUCCACCAAAAUCUUGGAAACCAAUUACCUUUUUGGGGAAAGUCAAGUUCAACCCUAUCUUAGUGGGCAAAAUUUUUGGCAAUUCAUCGAUGGUUCUCACACAUGCCCUCCUGCUGUUCUCACUUCCACCACAGACAAAGCUGUUGACUCUACUCAGGACCCCGUGGUCCCUGUCCCUAACCCAGAAUAUCUUACCUGGUAUCAAACCGAUCAAUCUCUUAUCAGUAUUCUUCGUUCCACUCUCACUAAGCCGGUUCUUGCUCAAGUUGUUGGUCUCACCACUUCCCAAGCAGUCUGGGAUUGCCUUCGUAAGAACUUUUCUCAACAAUCUCUUGCUAAUGCCACCCAUCUCAAGUUUCAACUUCUCACCAUCACCAAAGGGACUAAGACAGUUUCUGAAUAUCUUGCUCUUGCCAAGAGCUUAUCUGAUUAG